AUGACUAUCGAAGAAAAAGCUGGCCAAAUGUACCACGCUCGCGCUCUUCUCAGCCCGAGCGGCGAGGCCAACACAGGCAGCAUGAUCAAGAACCAAUUCAUCACCCAUUUUGUGUACCAAGGUGGUGUGAAUGAUGUCGACGCUUUUAUAGACUGGUUCAACGAGAGGCAGCAACAAGCUCAUGACACCCGACUCGGAAUCCCAGUCACCUUCUCGACCGAUCCUCAACACGGUUGGACGCAAGACAGUGCAACCGCCAACAUGGGACUUUCCUUUUCGCGCUGGACUGAGCCGAUGGGUCUUGCAGCAAUGCGGAGCCCUGAAACGGCUCGCGUCUACGCCGACGUGGUCCGCCAGGAGCUUGCUGCGGUGGGAAUUCGCCAGGUUCUCUACCCUCAAGUUGAUCUCGCCACCGAACCUCGAUGGGGAAGGACUGGUCUCACCUUCGGAGAAGAUGCCAACUUGACAACGGCCAUGGUGCUCCCUAUGUUGGAGGGCUUCAGAGGCAAGGGAAAAGUCGCAGACUCUGUCAUCGCUACUGUGAAGCACUUCCCCGGUGCUGGCCCCAUGGAAAAUGGCGCAGAUGCCCAUUUCCCUUGGGGUAAGAAUACCACCUGGCCUGGUAGCAACCUCGACCAGCAUCUUCAACCCUUCAAGGCAGCCAUUGAUGCAGGAGCUCCACAGAUUAUGCCGUACUACUCCAGGCCCAGAAUUGAUCGAUGGGAGCCCAUUGGUUUUGCUUUUAACAAGCCAGUUAUCACUGGGCUUCUGAAGCAGGAGCUUGGCUUUGAGGGUAUUAUCCUGACAGACUUUGGCAUCUUGUCCAUUGCUCCUUGGGGCCUGGAAGAUAAGACACCGCUAGAGAGAACUUGGUACGCUGUGGAGGCCGGAGUUGACAUUAUUGGAGGGGAAUCAAGUACCCAACACCUUAUCAAGCUGGUUAAGGACGGCAACGUUACAGAGUCUCGCAUCGAUCAUUCCGUCCGCAAGCUGCUGAAGCAAAAGUUCGAACUGGGCCUCUUCGACAAACCUUUUGCCGACAAAAAGGAAGCUGCUGGUAUCGUGGGGAACGAAGAGUUCAGGCGUCUAGGCAACUCUACGCAGCGAGAUUCGUUGACUCUUUUGACAAACAAGAACGACAUUCUGCCACUGCCUCGCUCGGCUCAAAAGGCCAAGAUUUAUGCCGAAGGAAUCCCCCCUGGGAUUCUUGAAAGUCGUGGCCUAACAGCAGUCAGCGACCCGAAGAAUGCUGACUUUGCGUUCCUUCGCCUGGCAUCACCCGCCGGUCCCCCUGAUGCCGCCUGGCCUGCGUCCUACGCCAUCAAUAAUGGGUCGCUUGAGUUCACCACUGAAGAGCAGAAGCGCCAGGCAGCCAUCUACGAGGCGGUUCCGACCAUCGUGGAUAUUAAGAUGAAUCGUCCAGCCGUCAUCCCGGAGAUUGCCGACAAAGCAGCCGCACUCUUUGCGAGCUACGGGAGUAGCCCAGAUGCGUUCCUUGACGUGGUGUUCCGGGUCAAGGGAGCUGAGCCCAAAGGAAAGCUACCUUUUGACAUGGCAUCCUCCGAUCAAGCCGUUGAUGACUCCUUCGAGGAUCUGCCUUUUGACACCAAGGAUGCUGUUUUCAGAUUUGGUCAUGGAUUGAGGUACAACGUCCCAGCCUGUAUUCCCGGCCCCAAGCCUGAAAAUAAAAAAGCACAGAGCCACAGGCAAUGA